UCUCUCAUAGAAGACAACAUUGUUCCUCGACAACUUAGGUUGCCAUGGAGAAGAUGUCUCACAUUUAUAGAGAAAGGAGCACUUAUGCAAAACCUACGUGUCUGUGUCCGAGAACAGGGAAGCAUUCAUAGCGCAAGGUGGGGCUGUGACUAUGUACCAUACAAGGCUCCCGAAAUGGUGCCAAAGUUUUGGAUGCAGACUGUAAAACUCGUCUUAUUUCAGUUUAGAAAAGAUUUUGGUCGCAGAUUUUCUGAUUCCCACUCGGAUUCUCAGCAAACCAUUCUUCCUAUGAUUCACAAAGCGAGUGAAUCAUAA